UUAAGGAUGAGUCCAGGUAUCACCUGACCUCUGUGGAACCACAUAAAACAGCAAUAUAUAAAGCAAUGCCAUUUAAUUAAGCACAUGAAAAAUACACACAGACUGAACAGUAUUGGUUUUGCAAAAAUACCUCCAAACAAAAAGAUAAACAUUAAAUAAUGGUCAGAGACUGGGAGGAGGUAGCCAGUGAGCAGAAUGGUUGCUGGGAACAUAGCAUCUGUGUGUGAUUUUGACAAAGGUCCCCUCUGUGGAGAAGCAGACCUCAGGGACGCUGCAAGGCUUGAUAGGCAGAGCGAAUGAAUGGAGAAAGAAAUGAAUGAAUGAGUGAGACAUGAGAGGGGUCUUGCAUGGACCAGUGAUGUUCACUUCCCAGGAGGACUGGUUGUGUGCCAAAGUCUGUGUAAGCAGUAACAUUUAUUCUAAAAUUUGGAUUUUUGACUUCCAGAAUGUGUUAGGAAAGAGCUCCACCCCAGUUAUGAACACCUCCCAGUGUGUCCCAGGUCAAAGCGAGGCUAAUGACCUGGGAUCCAAAGAGAGGACCAGAUGCCUGGCUGGUGGGGAAAAUAGGGACAUCCUUUCCAGAUCCCAUUGUCCUCCUUCCACGAAUAUUGUCUGUUGACUCCUAGGUCACUGACAUGCCCUGAUGGUGAGCAGCGUGUGGGCAGCUCUGGGGCUUUCCCUCACCUGCAUCUCAGCCGUCAGCCUCGUCUCCCCUGCCUGGUUCCAGACCACCACUUUCUCCUUCGGUGUCCUCACCUACUGCUCCUGGCCUCAGGGUGACAGCUGGAACCAGAGCUGUGGGACCUUCCAGUCCCUGGAUGAUAUUCCUGACUUCGCCUGGAAGGUUUCAGCUGCAAUGCUCCUUGGAGGCUGGCUCCUAUUGGCUUUCAAUGCAAUUCUCCUCCUGUCCUGGGUCCUUGCUCCCAAAGGACUGUGCCCAUGGAGGGGCAGUGGUCCAAUGCCAGGGGUGCAGGCAGCAGCAGCCAUCGCCACCAUCAUGGGCCUGCUGGUUUUCCCCAUCGGCUUGGCCUCGCCAUUUGCCAAGGAAGCCUGCAUAGCCUCCUCCAUGUACCAUGGCGGUCAGUGCCAGCUAGGCUGGGGCUACGUGACCGCCAUCUUCAACGCAGGCCUGGCCAGCCUCCUGCCCAUGAUGAGGCGGCCCCAUGUGACCGAGGUCCAGCGGAGGACCAUCUUCUUCUCCAGUGAUACUGAGAGCAUCAUCCUUGUGCCAGAAACGACCAAAUAAAAACAUCUGAGGAGGAGCAAAAAGAGCCCACGCUAGAGUUGUAUGAAAUCGCCACACACCCAGGUUCAAAUCCCACUUCUGCUGCUUGCUUGCUGUGUGGCCUCAGACAAAUCGCUUCAUCUCUCUGGACCUCAGUGUAUAACUUCUGUAAAAUGGGGCGGGGGGUGGGUGUUGAAAUAAUGCCUAGCUUGGAGGGCUGUUAUGAGAAUUGACUUAAGAUGCUGUGUAUAGAUAAAGCCCUUAGCAUAUGUUAGGCAAACUUUAGGCAUUGUUAUUGUAAUCCUGACCUCACAGGAGGACUGUGGUGAGCAUAAACCUAUUCAUGACAAGUGUCGGGGCAAUUCUGGAUCCAUGGUCGUCACUCAGAUACUACACCUUUUAAUGGGUACGUGCAUAUUCUCUCUCUCUCUUCCCUCCCUUUCUACAACUCCUCCUCUUGGUGAAUCUGGAAAGUAUUCAUUUUCCCAUCAAUGAGAACGUCCCCUUAUA